UAUUUUGAAUGGUAGAUUUUGGAGUCACUGCUUGAGUUGCAGUAGUAGUAGCGACUGCAGCCGAUCUGGAUCCCCUUUUUGGCGGCGCUGCCUCGCGAGUCCGAAUCGGCUCAUCUCCCUUCUCUCCUCGUCUUCCUGAGCCCUCCAGUAUUCUUGGCAGUACCACGUCUCCUCAGGCUCACCCAGGCUUCCUUUCAGGCUGGCAAUCUCACCUGCAAGCCUCAUCUUCUAAUCCAGUUCGGUCAUCUCAAUCUGGCAGCUAGCACGCAGGUCAACAAUGGCGCAGGAUGAUCCAGUUGUUUCUGCUCAGUGGCUGCAUCAGCACUUGGGACUGCCUGAUGUUAAGGUAUUGGAUGCUUCCUGGUACAUGCCAGAAGAGAUUAGGGACCCAUGGCAAGAAUACCAGGUGGCACAUAUCCCUGGCGCGCUGUUCUUCGACAUAGAUGGCAUAGUUGAUCGGACAACUGAUUUACCACACAUGUUGCCAUCGAAAGAGGCUUUUGCAGCAGCAGUUUCUGCACUUGAUAUCAGAAAUCAGGAUAAAGUUAUUGUUUAUGAUGGAAAAGGGUUCUUCAGUGCGCCUCGUGUUUGGUGGAUGUUUAGAGUUUUUGGACACAAUAAAGUUUGGGUGUUAGAUGGAGGUCUACCUCAGUGGCAAGCUUCUGGGUUUGAUCUGGAAAGUGCCAGCCCUGAUGAUGCGGUUCUGAAAUCAAAAGCUGCUAAUAAGGCUGUUGAAACGGUUUAUAAUGGUGAACUGACAAAUACAGUCACAUUCCAGACUGAAUUUCAGCCUCAGUUAUUCUGGACACUAGAAAAGGUCAUGCAUAAUGUUGCUGCUCAGACUUACCAACAAGUAGAUGCCCGAGCAAAGGGCAGGUUUGAUGGUGUAGCGCCAGAACCACGGAAAGGAGUAAGAAGUGGACAUAUACCAGGAAGCAUAUGUGUUCCAUUCCCUGAGAUGUUUGAUGGUGCACCAAGGCUUCUCCCAGCAGAUGAUCUGAGGCAAAAGUUUCAGCAAGCAGGAAUUUCCCUUGAUCACCCCAUUGUUGUAAGCUGCGGGUCUGGAGUAACUGCCUGCAUACUUGCUCUGGGGUUCUAUAGAAUUGGGAAGCAUGAUGUUCCAGUUUAUGAUGGAUCCUGGACAGAAUGGGAAGCACAACCAGAUUCUGAUUACCCAAAAGUUACUGCCCCAGCUUCUUAAAACCACCAACUCUGAAAAGAUGAAUACAGUGCGUGCAUCCUGGAACAUUCAGUUCGGAUUGUCAGCAUGAUGACAUUUCUGUGUGACAAGCUUUGCAUUUAAACAAAGGCGAAGCUUAUAGGGACAAGUUAUGCCCAAUAUAUUCUAUGUUGUACUGUGACCAAUAGAAAUCAAGAGAGUGUGUAAAGCGGGAACAGAAAGUGCACCCUUGCUGAUUCUUGUGACCACAUCGCCAACAUCAAACUUAUGAUUGACGAUGUACUAGCGUUAUUAUUCAAGUAAUACAGACUUGAAAACAAUGUUAACCAUCUGAACUGAUUUUAUUUCAUCAUUGGAAACUGUAUAUUGACCAUAUAGAUUACCAUACUCGAACAUUGUAACCAAAUGAGUUAAGCACU